AUGUCAUCUAAUUCUACCUUGAUACCUUCAGCUUCUUAUACUGGACCUACUACUCAUUCCUAUGCCCAUCCCCUUGAUCAGCACUAUGCUCAGGCCUACUAUGAGGCUCAUGCAAAGACCUUUGAGGUGGAACACUUAUUGAAGCAGUCAGCACAGGUGCAGGCUGAUCUGCAGAGUAUUGUUAUUGUUGUUGUGUGGGUUGGGGCUCAAGAAGCUCCAAGGCAUAUUCAUGUUGUCAAUCCAACUCCAGGAACAUUUGUUCCUGCAGAACACAAGCUCAUUACAGACCUUCUCACUGCUGACAAGAUGUCUGUGUACUGUCAAGAUCUCUGGUUUGAACAGUUAUCAGCUGCUUCUUUUGUGGUGCCCAAGGCUGAUGCCACUGUCUUCCUAUAUGAUGCAUCACUUGCAGACUCUGAUAUUCUUGGACUUGAUACAGAACUCACAAGGGUUUCUACCACUGGCCUAGCUGUCAUGCCCCACAAUCCCAUGCCUCCCUCAGCUUCUUCUGAUCAACUUUCCCAAUGCUCUACUUUGGCAUCUACACCACCUUCACUUGUGCUUCCUGGGUCUCCUCCAUCACAGAAGUCAGGAAGUGGAAAGAAAAUGUUUCCAUGGAAAUAUGUCUGUGAUAUGUAUCCAGGCAUGACCAUGCUUUCUGUGUUAGGAACUGCAGAGGAGAUUGAAAAGAAAUUCCCUUUGGCAUUUCCAAACACUGACUUUGUGCUUAGCACAUUCUACAAGCAUAGAAAGCCAUUCCUGGAUGCAUCUGCUCUUGGACUUUUAGGACCUAGAGUGGCAUUGGAUCAUACAGAAGAAGGAAAAUGGGCUGCAUUGAAGUCAGACACUGAAAGACUUAUGAAAGAAGGAUCUUUGAACAUGGGCUCCUCUGUCAAUUCUUUAUCCAUUCCUUCCAACCCCUCUUUCCCUGAGGAUUCAAAUCAGCAAGAUGGUCAUUCCUUGAAUACAGGAUCAACUUCUGCUCCUGAAUUGCUAGGAGUAACUGAUGAUAUUAUGGAUAUGUCUUUCAACUUCACUGAUUUUGACCUGGCCUCUGUUGGAUGA